GAUAUGUUGAUGUACUGAUUUGUCACAUCCCUACAUCGGACGAACAUAUUAUAUUAUAUUCCUUGCUGAUCCGAUUCGAUUCCGACUGCAACGCACUGCCAAAGAGAAAGAGACAUGACUGAUCCCAGCAAGCUUUCGGUGGCCGUGGUGUGCUCCUCGAACAUGAACCGCUCCAUGGAGGCGCACAACUUCCUGGCCAAGAAGGGCUUUAACGUGCGGUCCUAUGGAACCGGCGAGCGCGUCAAGCUGCCCGGCAUGGCAUUCGACAAGCCGAAUGUGUACGAGUUCGGCACCAGCUACGAGGACAUCUACCGCGACCUGGAGGCGAAGGACAAGGAGUUCUACACACAAAACGGCCUGCUGCACAUGCUGGACCGCAAUCGGCGCAUCAAGAAGUGCCCAGAGCGAUUCCAGGAAACCAAGGAACAGUUCGACAUCAUCGUCACCGUGGAGGAACGCGUCUACGACCUUGUGGUGCUGCACAUGGAGUCCAUGGACUCGGUGGACAACCGGCCCGUGCACGUCCUCAACGUGGAUGUGGUGGACAACGCGGAGGAUGCGCUGAUGGGCGCCUUCCUCAUCACGGAUAUGAUCAACUUGAUGGCCAAGUCAACGGACCUGGACAACGAUAUCGACGAAAUGAUUCAGGAGUUCGAGGAGCGGCGCAACCGGGUCAUCCUGCACUCGGUGCUCUUCUACUGACGACCGACGUCCCUCAACCGUUCGUGUCCAGGUCCAGUGCCAGCACCAACACCAGAAUCCGAGUCCCGCAGGCUCCCCGUGCAUCAGCCGAGUGAUUCGCUCUAGUCCCUUAGGAGCUGGGAUCGUAGGGCGUAGGACUUGGGAGGCAGGGCUGCGCAAACCGGAUCCCGGACCGGGAGCCUAGCAUACAUAUAAGAAAUUUGUAAAUAGAGAGGGGCCAUCGCUACAGCGAAAACACACAACACCCACACUUAAGCAUGCACAAGAGUCAUCCGCAUGCGAUUCAAAAUCCACACAACACCUGCAAGCAACUGGCUCAUGAAUAUCAAAUCAACACCCAAACGGCUCCCAAACCCUUCGUAUGUAGUCUGUGUACGUGUCCGUAUAUUCCUUGUAGUUCCGGCCGUAGGGCCGCGAUCUCGUUCUGCUCGUCGACUAGGUUUUAUCACUGGCUAUCGUGAUCCGUUCCCCCCAGCUGGUCAUAGUGGCCAACCCGUUUUCUCGCUCGCUUCUCUGCCCGAUUCCGAUUCAUACGUACAUGUAAACAGAAAACUCGCAUCACACGAGUUCGUGCGUGUGCGUGUGUGAAUGAGCAUGCACAGCAGAGCGUCAGCCAGGGGCGGAUUGAAUUGGGGAUCGGGGUCAGGGAUGGACCCUUAGUUUUUUAAUCACCCAUAGUUUUAUAAUUUGUUCGGACAGGGCUACCUGCCUGCCAUUCUCAGCCUAAUUUGGUAACUGUAGACCACUAAGGCCUGUGUGCUGUACGUUUUAAACAAUAGCCAAAGGCCCGCAGCGGGCGCUAAUACACUAAACUAAAUAAAAAUCAUGGGAGAGUUGGCGAUUGGAUUGUGUUCACUAAUCAUUGGAAUAAAAAUCGUACGCCGUUCAGGCGGGUUUGUUAAUAUUUUAA